CAAUUCUAACCUUCAUGCCUUAUCCUCGCCUAAAUCAGCGAUGGACACGAUUCAAGAUUUGGAACUCUAUCCGAAAGAUGGCAGUGAAGAACGAGACAGGACAAGAGAUUUACGACAAAUUCCUUCUACCAUAUGCCAGGACGAACAACCAAUCUCUUUUUCCAAUGGAAAUCAGCAGAUUGCCAGAACCAAAGACAAUAACCACUGUGGAUGGGACAGUCAUAACAACCAUAAUCACCCCAUGGGAUGCCAUCACCCAUCUUUAUACAAUCAACUUCCAGUCAAAAAACAAAACGUACCAGAAACAGUUGACCUUCCUUCUUCAGCACCUCCAUCAGAUUGCGAGGUGGUUUACUGUACUGGACCCCACCCGCAAUUGUCCAUCGACAGUGAAUGUGACCUGGAAGGUACACAAGGAAAAAAUUGUCAAUGCAGUUUUUGGAGUCUCAGUCACAGCCCCCAAGAAAAAGCAGAGAAAACGCUUCGCCAAAAUCAGACAAGAGAACAACAGACAUCUUUUCCCUCGAGAGAAUGGGAAAGUGGUUCCAGAAACUUGGGGGUUCGGGAACUGUGCAGAAACGAACCCUUGGACACUUCUAUCUCGAUGGAGGCCAGGCCUUCCAUUCAAAUCUCACACAGUAUCGACUCGGGAAAGAGUAUUGAAGCCACCUUGCAACAAUUGCCAGGAGUGUCUAAAGUGGUUGUUGAGCAGGGAGAAGGAGAAGAAGUCUCAGAAUUGAUCGAAAAAUUGAAGAAUGAUCGUUUCGGAUUUCACCCAACCAAGAAGAAAAACUUAUUAAGCCCAUAUGCUAUAGCAGACUUGGAAGAGGAGUUCGGUAUCACCGGCGCUGUCCCUAUGUUUGCAGAUCAUUCAGGAUCAGUUGUUUGGAUGUUAGAUGAUCAUGGGAUCAUGUACCAAUGGAACGAUAUGGAACGAAGCGUGGAAUACUUGGGAAGUAAUCUGAGGGAGGGUCUUGCAAACUACCUCUACCAUCCAGAGAAUAUAUAUGCUGUAGAGGAUGGCAAGCUGGUAUCUGUAGAAGAAAUCAACCGCCAGUUAGAAGAAGAGUCUUUAGGGCCAGUAGAAGUGUUAUGGGACAAAUCUGCAGAGAAAUCUGUGAACCAAUCUGCGAAGAAAAGACAUAAGAG